AUGUGGCAUCUGCUCGUUUUGGUUUUCCUGGGAGCCUUAUGCAAGGCUGAACUUGAGGAUGACUUCACUGUCACAAACCAGAUGAAAACAGAGAGGGUCGUCGGCGGAGAAGAAGUCGUACGUAACAGCUGGCCUUGGCAGAUUUCCCUGCAAUACAGUUACCCUCAUGCAGGAGGCUGGGCACACACUUGUGGAGGCAGUCUGGUCAGUCCUUCCUGGGUGAUGACUGCAGCCCACUGCGUUGAUUUCAAUGAUGGUGCCAUCUACCGAGUAGCACUAGGUGAGCACAACCUCUACUGGAAUGAAGGGGUGGAAUACUACAGGGCUGUAGAUAAAAUUUUCAUUCAUCAGCGAUGGAAUAAAGAUUUUGCUAAUGGCUUUGACAUCGCCAUGCUUCGCCUGACUUCUCCAGCAUACGCCAGUGGAUAUGUCCAGGUAGCACGACUCCCUAGACCAGGCAUGAUCUUGCCAAAUGCAUAUCCUUGCUAUAUCACAGGCUGGGGUUUAGUAGCGACUGGUGGAGAAGCCUCUCCUGUUCUGCUGCAGGCGCUUUUACCAGUGGUUGAUACCCCAACAUGCUCCACAAUAGAAUACUGGGACUUCUACUCCACUGACAAAGUGAUAUGUGCAGGAGGUGAUGGGAAUCACGCUGGAUGCCAGGGCGACUCAGGAGGUCCUCUGAAUUGUAAAGUUGAUGGUGUCUGGGAAGUCCAUGGAGUUGCAAGCUUUGGUCCUCUCCCGUGCAAUACCUACAGGAAACCCACAGUGUUCACAAGAGUCUCUGACUACAAUGCUUGGAUCAAUGAGAUAAUGAAUAAAAAUGGAGGUCCUUAAAUAAAUCACUGGCAAGAGAUGAGCUACCAAAGGAUAAAAGCCCAUACCUGAGAUAUGGAUGUGUGCAUUUAAAAAUCAUGAAAUAAAAUGAUCAGAAGAAAACUGCUUUCAUUAUUUUCA